UCUUUGCUGUUAAGCGUGAAUGCAAAGACUGAAGAGGGAGGUAGUUUUUUAAUGUGUUGCUGUAGUUUUAUUUGUGGGACACUGAGUUUGGGAUACGUUGAAAAAUUAUAAAGACACAGUAAGCUUAAAUUGGCCAACUGAAUUCAUAUUGAUCUUGUUGACUUCGUUAGUGUCAACCAGUGUUUCUACAUUUAGAAUAUUACUUUGUAUUUGGAAAUAUUCAAAAUUUCAACGGUAGUAAGAAUGUCAAGUGGCAAAGUGUACGAAAAUUCAGAGAAUACGUGUGUUGUUUGUUUCAAAAAUGUGUCUAUAUAUUCUGUGGGAGAAUGUGAUCACGCUGUAUGUUAUGAAUGCUCCACAAGGAUGCGAGUGUUGUGUCGUCAGAAUGAAUGUCCCAUAUGCAGACAGGAUAUGCCUAAGGUAAUAUUCACAAAGGAAGUAAAACCAUUUCGGUCUAUAAGGGAUGGUCAUUAUCUUAUGGAUAAGAAGUUUAGAAUCUGUUUCGAAAACCAAGGAAUUCAAGCUGCUUACAACAAGCUCUUAGAACACGUUUGCACUGUGUGCCCUGGCUCUCCAGCUUUCAGAACUUUCCAAAGUUUGAAGGAUCAUAUGAGGAAAACGCAUGAACUCCAUUACUGUGAUCUGUGUGUUGACAAUUUAAAGAUAUUUACUCGAGAAAGAAGAUGCUACACACGCCAAGAGUUAGCACAACACCGGAGAAAAGGGGAUCCAGAUGACAGAUCUCAUCGUGGUCAUCCGUUGUGUGAGUUUUGUGAUCAAAGAUAUAUGGACAAUGAUGAAUUGUACAGGCAUUUGAGAAGAGAUCAUCUGUACUGCCACUUCUGUGACGCAGAUGGGUAUCACCAGUAUUAUAGUUCCUAUGACUUUUUACGAGACCAUUUUCGAGCAGAGCACUUUUUAUGUGAGGAAGGAGGGUGUGUUGAAGAAAAAUUUACAUCAGUGUUUCGAUCUGCGAUAGACUUAAAAGCCCACCGUGCUUCAGUACACGGUCGGAGUCUUGGGCGAGCGGCCCUCAAGCAAGCACGUACACUGGAGUUAGAAUUCACUUUGGCCCCCAGACCUAAUGCAAUGCGACGUGGUCCCCGUAGUGGGGGUGGUGGCGGUGGCAGUAGUGGUGGGGGUGGUGGCAGCAGUGGUGUUGGUGGUGCCACUGGUGGCUAUGUUGAAGAUAGCAGUGGAGAACUGAUGGGCUUUGAUGAAGGUGCUGCUGCACCACCACCUCCACCACCACUUCCUGCUGCUGCAGAUUUUCCAGUGCUCGGCGGCAGUUCUGGUGCAGUCACAGUGCGAUCUCUACCUCCUCCUCCACCUCCUGUCUGCCGACCCCGGCGUCCUCCUGUCCUGAGGGAAGAAGAUUUCCCCGCAUUAGAUAGUGGAUCAUCAGGUGGAACCUCUGGUCCACAAGGUCGGAAGACUGUGCGUGUGAGUGUAAAUGGGGAACGUCCUUCAUCUGCUUCUAAUCUCUCCAUCAGUGUAAAUCGGCGUGCAGAUGGAGCACUUACAACUCGACUGUCAACUUCGCGUGGCUCCAGACCAAUUCCUGCAGAAUCUGGCACACCGAGAGAAGAUUUUCCAGCUCUUGUUCGCCAUAGUGACACUUCCUCUCAGUGGUCUUCACCUAUUGUGAAUAACUUGUCCAAUGGUGACCCACGACAGUCUCGUGCACAGUCACAGCCACACCCUCGACAGUCCUCAAUAGUUAAAACUACGGGAGCAACAGCGAAGAAAGCGUCCUCGUCACUUCUGAUUCCUAUGCCGACUUCUUGGCCUGUUGCGCACGAUGAAGAAGACAGGGCACCUGCACCUGUGUCUUUGGGAACUGUCAAGGUAAAGUCCAAAAAGAAAAAACCAAAAGGAAGUGUGACAAAUCAGGUUAGUUUAGAUCAACCACCCAGUCCUAGCAAAGUGGCAAACCAGCAGGACUCGGGUACUAAGAAAAAAAAACAGAGUCCUGAUAACAGAACUAAAGAGUCAAAUAUCAAUGGAAAUGUGAAUGACUCUACAGAUUCUGCUACUGCUUCAGUUUGUGCGACAAGUGCACCAGAGCGAAAGAAGUCACAACUGCUCAUUACUGGUCUCAAUGCUGCCAAUGAAACAGGAGGCAGCCUUCCAGCUCCACCGCCUGGUUUCCACAGUACGUUGUCACCACCACCUGGUUUUUCUGUUACACUGAGUUCAGUUGCGAGGGCUCCUAGUUCAGUGCCUGAGAGCAAUGGUCUGACGUUCACAAGCAGUAGUGGGAGGAGCUAUGCAGUGAGUGCACAGUCCUCUGAGGGUCACAAAUUUGUACCACCACCUGGGGCAGAUCACCGCAACAGGCAGUUGGUAGCCCGUGUAGCUGAGGCAGUUCCUGAUUUAGAUACCUUUUUGCGUCGAUCUGCCGAAUUCCGAAAAGGGGCACUGACUGCCAGAGAGUUUUAUGAUGCCUGUGCCCAAGCAGCAGGCGAACAAACUUUUGCUGAGAUAUUUCCUGAACUGCUUCUCUUGCUGCCAGACAUAACGAAACAGCAGGAACUGUGGACAGUCUAUACCUCAGUGAAGUCAGAAAGUGGAAAAGGUGCCCGUAUGCCACCGCUGGAGGUGUGUGGUGUGUGUGGACAGGUUAUCGCCACAGAUGAUGCAAGACAGCACAAGGCAGCACACCACCUGGAUAACCAGUUUCCAGCUCUCGGCACUCAUAAGCCUGGGACAGUAGCUGCUCCAUCGACGACUCCCACCUGGGUUCGGAGGCAAUAGCCAUUUGUAGCGUUGUCUGUUAUAAUGGAUUGUAGAGAGUACAGUUGACUGAUGUUAUGCUCAAAUUUCCCAUCUGCCCAUGUCCUUCAAAAGGUUUGUUACCACAAGUGAUUUGUCUGAUUCACAUGAUGCUUUAGUUGGCACUACAGUAAGGACUGCAAGUGAUUCUUGAGGACUGUGGUACUUUCUUUGCUGUGCAGCACCAGAAUUUGUAUUUGAAAUAUCUGUUGGGUAAUUAAGUCCAAAUGCAAUGGGUCCAUCAUCUGAUAUUAAUGCUAUUUUUCUUCUGUUUGCUACACAAUAUCUGUGUAAAGUGAAUGUGUAUUGGUAAGUUCAGGCAUAUUUAUUGUCUUUUUUUGUUAUUAUUCUGGGAAUUUUUCUAGAAAUACAAAACCUUGCCAUUUAAUGUAAUAUUGCAUCCAAGAGCAGUCGUAACAGAUAAAUGUGUGAUAUAUCAAUGAAAAAUAAAACUUUUUUAUAUUAAUAGCCCUAUUUUUAGACAUGAAAUGUAAGAACUCACAUUUGUUGCUUCAGUUCACAUUACAAAGAAACUAAACAAAAUGUGUGAAAGUAGUGAAGUUUGUUCAAUAUCACAACCCUCUCCAAAAAAUAUUUUCACAGACUGGAAGUGUGGAGUAUACCAAUUAUUUAGUUUUACCUCUUAGUGAUAUUUUGGAAACUGCUAUUGUCAGUAGUUAAGUUUUUAGUUUUUCUCUGCAUUCCUGUUUACAAACAUGAGAAGUAUCAGAAUUUCCUUUCAUUCCCUAUUAUUUUCAUUACUUUUACAAACAGUCUAGUGUGUGAGAGAGGAUUUAAGGGAGAGGAGACUAUAAAGUAUACAAACGAACAUUCUGAUUUGUGAAAUGCUAUAAGAGAUUUGUACAACACUACUUCUAUUUCUUGGGUUAGCUGUUAAGAUGUUUUUUUGUUUUAUGUUUUACUGGUAGUCUAGCACCAACUGACCGUACUGAGAUUUGACUAUAUUCCUUAAGAGUACAUUUGUUGUGUAACAGAAAGUUGUGCUGUAAAAGCAGCAUUCUUCAAUAAUUGCCGUGUGUGUGUGUGUGUGUGUGUGUUUUCAGUUGGAGAACUCCCCACCUCCUGUUCAGAAAUAGCAACAGGAUGGUCACUCCACUGCUUGGUGUGAAUUCUUGUGUGCUUCAUUGCUCCAAGUGGUAUUUUAAUUAAUGCUGAUUAACCAUUGGACAUUUGUUUCAACCUGUUGAUAACAAAGCAAAUAUUCUGAGCUGCAGCUGUUCAAAUGUACUACACUUGUCUCUCAAGAGUACUGUGGCAGAUGAAAUGAAAGAAGGUAUUUUAUCACUAUGUGCCUAAAUUGUUCAUUGUACCAUUUCAGCCAAAGUUUAGGCUACUGCUGAUUUGCCAUUGUUGGAGAAUGAAUGAGGGCUUUGUCUUGUAAUGUAUUUCUAUUGUUGUUUAUACUAUAUGUAAAUAUAUACAUAAAUAAUUGUUGCAUAACAUUUGUUCUAAAAGAAAUUAUUUUAAACCUGAUUUAUUUAUUAAAUAAAAGUAAUAUUUCUGUAAUUGUCA